AUGAUUUUGCAUUUCAGGGGAAAGAACUGUAUGUAAACAUUACAUUUCUCUCCCCUGUCAGCUCCUGCAUGCUGUUUUGCAUGGCUCUGCGCAGCAGAGCCAUACAAAGCAGUGUGCUUACAGUGGAAAGCACUAAUACAGCACACAGUAAAACAGCACACAUCACACAGUUAACCCUUCGAUCGCUCCACAUGUUAAUCCCUUCCUGCCCACUGCCAUUAGUACAGUGUCAGUGCUUUUUAUUAGCACUGAUCCCUGUAUUGGUGUCACGGGGGAUGUCAGUGACACCAAGUCAGUUCCCUCCAGGGUCAGAAUGCCCACCGCAGUCCCGCCAUAAGUCACUGACUGCUGCCAUUCCUAGUAAAAAUACA